UCCUGAGAGCUGGAGCAAUUUGGAGAGCAACAGCAGACCUGGACGGCCUGGGCCCAGGACAGCACUCUCAUCCAUCCUUUCACCCCCAUCCCCUUCUUCUGACGUUACACCCAGGCCUGGCCAGUCUUGGGUAGUGCGUGUGUAUAAAACUAAUGUAGAAAACUAUGCUCUCCUCACUACCAGAACCACUAUAUAUUUAGAGUAUGAAGGACCUUCAUUUCUGGAAUGGGACAUUUCUACGUUAUGUACUGUUACAAAUAAAAGUUCACCUACAGCAACACUGAAUUGUCCAGUUCCUGGAUUUCACAAGAUUAGACCAAUAGUUGGCAAUGAGACAUUAGAGAAUGUGGACCGCUAUUUCUCUAUCUCUGAACAUUUGAAUUGCUUUUUGUGGUAUGUGUUGAAAAGUUCUUCAGAGCAGAGCUCCGUUCCAUCCUCAAAAAAUGAUAGCCAGGAGUUAAUCUUAUGGAUAUACGAUCCAGAAAAUGCAGAACCCUCUGAACUGAAUCACAGUGCAACAUCUCCACCACCGUAUUCUAAGACACUUAGCAAGCAGUUUUGGAAUUUGGGACAGGAACCUGUUGUUCAGACCUAUUUUAGAAAUACCGAAUACUUUGCUACUGCAUUUCCAGAGUUGGGAUUCUGGAAAAUUAAUGUACCUGCAAUGUUAGAUGACAUCAUAACUAAUAUCCAUGGAAAGGCAAUAGCUUUUCAGGAUUGUUUUGUUCUAGAUAGUCCCUUUAUCAUUUCCAGGCCUGAAGAGCCAUUUCCUAACAAUGUAAGUGACAAUUCCCUCUGUUCCCCAGCUGGUAGUGAGCCCUACAUUGAGUGGUCUGCAUGUUUUCCAACAACUGCACUUUUGUUGUCAGAAUUUGGAACUUUCCAUACAAAUGAUGGAUUUAUAACUUAUAAAGAAAUCAAAGCUCCAUCACACAUUUUGGACUUUGACUUAAGUCACAACGUAACUGAUAUUGUUUUAACUGAUGAUGGAAUCUUAUUUUUAAUAAUGGGGACAGUUUACAAAAGAGAGUCCAAUCGGUUUUUUAAACUUGGACCUGAAUACAAUCUACCAGAAACGGGAAUAACUGGAAUACAGUCAAGACUUUGGUGUUCAUCUGAAUAUCCAGUACAGAGUGGAAGAAAAUUAAGUACAGUAGCAAUAUGGACACCAAGUGAACAAUAUCUAGGAUAUGAUGGCAAUGUGUUUAUUAAAAUAACAGAUACAACAAAGCUAAAGAGGGUCCUAGAUUUGCCAAUGGCCGCUUCUUUAUCUAUAGGCACUGUUUGCUAUGACUCACGCCCAUCUGAAGUUUCGUUGCUGAUGGCCUGCGUUGGGUGCAGCUCCUCCAGGGUGUUUUAUCUGUCAGCUUAUAACGAAGACCGAGAUUUGUGGGUCCUGAGAGACUUUUCCUUAAAUGCUCCUCCCCAGGGUUUUAUGCUAAUGGAAUUUGUAUAUUCAGCAUCACCAUCUAUGCUGAUGUGGAACAAGGAAAAGAUCUAUUAUAGCUAUAAAAACAACACAAUUAAUGGAUUUGUUAUAGUAUCUGGGUUCAAUCAGACACUGUUGGAAGUAUCUCGAGGGAGCACUAUUCACCAACUGGAAUCUGUGAUAUUCAGUGCCAAGGAGGCUCAUUGCAUCUUAUCUCCAUUUGCCAUUGCAGUGAGCCUUCCAUGUCAAGACAUUUACUGGAACUAUUUCGGGAACACUGUGAUAAAGAUGAAAAACAAUAUGAUGAUUUUUUUUAAAGUUGAAAUGAAAGAUGCUGUGGAGCUCCCUGAAUGGGAAAAGAAAAGCAAAAACAUAGUCCUUUACUUGAAUCCAUCUGGUAACCUAUAUAUGCUGUUUAUCAAUGGUUCUAGUAUACACCGUGAGGACUAUCCCUUGAAAAUUGAAAUGUUUAGUUACAUACAUGGUUUUCAAGAUAUUUGCCCAUAUGUAGUAUUUAAGCACAACAUGGAUUUAAAUGUCUAUUACCUGGACAUGGGAGAUGAAGUGACAUUUUGGGCUCAACUAAUCUAUAUGGAGAAUCUGGGCUUAUCCACAGAUGUGGAAAUCUACAGGCCAGAAUUGCUGAUGCAGACAACAUAUGUCGAUUAUGAAAUAGCUCGUGGAAUCUGUACUAAAAACCAGGUGGUAAAUUAUGAUUGGGAUAAGUAUGGCUGCCUAAUGGAUCUUCAUUAUGCAAUACCUUUUAACCCUGAAAUUGCCUUAUAUGAUGGCAGCACAUUUGUUAAAACAGUUGAGGCAAAUUUUAUAUUAUGGGAGGUUCACGGCAGAAGUGACUACAGCUACAACUCAUCUAUGAAGCAGGUGGGUUGUUUGCGUGAAGCACAGACUUGGAUUUCAAUGCUUGAGGAACAUGAAAACAGUACAUUAGACAAAAUAUGGGGGCCACAGAAUUACAAAUCCUGCUUUGAAUCUGAACUUGGACCUCUAGGAGACCUAAAUCAGCUGUAUCAAAUUUUGAACCACUCUGGUUACAAUUCUGUCAUUUGGCCUACUGAGUACAGUGGCAUUUAUGUGUUCAGAGUGAAGAUAGUGGACCCAAAUUUCAGUUUUUGUGACUUAAAUACAAUCUUUGCAGUCCGUACAUAUGGCAUAGUAGAAAGUCCAAACAUUGGUAAGGUUGCUGGCUUUUCAAUCCUCAUACUGUCCAUUUUUGGGGGCAUCCUUGUUAUAAGCUACUUCAGGUAUGUGAAGAUUUAUCGAGCACUCAUUUAUGUUGAUCAACUCCCAUCACAUGACCAACAAGAUCAAACAAGAAAGACAGCACCUGAGUUGAAGAAGGACCAAUAA